AUGGCCCAACGUCUUCGAAAACUUCGAGAUUUUGAAAUCGUCAUCGUUUGUGACGAUUCGGGUUCCAUGAUGACGACAGUUGAUGGUACUCAACGCACUCGAUGGGAUGAACUUCGCAUAAUUGUAAAAAUUGUACUGGAUAUUGGUGUUAUAUUCGAUACGAACGGUGUUGAUAUCUAUUUUAUUAAUGGAAAAUCUUUUCCAAAUGUCAAAGAUCCUAGAAUUGUCAACCAGGCAUUCGCAGCAAGUCCAAGUGGUUAUACACCAUUAGUGCCCGUUCUUGACAAAAUCUUUCAAUCACCAUUGUCACGUCGCGGACGUGAUAAAAAAUUAUUAGUAUUUGUAGCCACUGAUGGUGUGCCAACUGAUGAAGAUGGCAACGAAAAUGUAUAUGAGCUUGAGCGUAUUAUGUGGGAUACUCGCCGAGCGGAAACCACUUAUGUGACAUUUUUACUAUGCACCGAUGAUCCAGAUUGUGUUAGCUACUUGACUAAAUGGGAUGAAACAAUGAAAAAUGUGGAUGUUACCGAUGAUUACUAUACGGAGAGAGACAAAAUUCGCUGUUUUCGUGGGCGAAACUAUCCUUUUUCGCGUGGUGAUUAUGUUGUUAAAGCAUUAGUUGGUGCUAUCGAUCCAGAAAUCGAUGCUCUCAACGAGCCGAUCUAA